AGUUUGGUAUGUUUCGUGAGAUGCGGCAGUUGCCACGCUAUGCAAUAGUUUAUUUACACAAAUGUAUUUUAUGCAAGUGGCAGUCAGGCGUCUCAUAUCGACAGAUGUUGUCAAUCAGCUCUCUCCAAAGCUCCCUUGGAUCCAUAACUCGUUCUAGGAAGCUAGUGUUGGGACUUGUGCUUCUGUUUCUGCUGAUCUUGUACUUUGGACCUCAUUUUCUAGGAUUUAAAAGUACCAAGAUCAAAACUGAUCUGUCUGAGGUCUGUCUUGACGAGAAGUUGUCGACUUACCAGUUGGCUGUAGACAGGUUUGAUGUUGGGAUCAACCACAGUCCGAUAGAGGAGGGGGAAGCACCAUUGCUGGCCUAUGUUGGUAAUGGGAAGAUAGCCACAGCUUUUGGGACAGGGCGGGGUAUAUUUAUCCGGCUGAACCGCGCCCUGUCCCAGGAAGUACCCUUCAACCCUGUCGUUGAGUCCACUACCCCAGCAGGGGUAGCCAAGGAGGCUUUUGUUGUGGACUAUCAUGAAGCUUCAGCCCAGAGGCUACAGGCUCUACACUGGGCCCGGGGCUGUAUUACGAUGGGGUCACGGUUGUAUGCACACAGGACAAGACCGUCUAUACUGGUGCAGAGCCUCCGGCUACACAACCCAACAGCUAUGCGUAUUACAUUCAACUUAAAACAGGAGGGGGUGCAGAAAUGGCCACGUGUAGAAACAACAAGUCACAAAGUCCAGGGCAGGGUAGAGAUUGUGCAGUACACAGUGUCGGCUGGUAUCCUGCAGUUGACUGAUUACCCAGAUAAAUUUGUUAUGGUUGCCAUAGCAACAGUUUAUCCAUCUCAGAGUGUGUCUGUGAAGCCUGGAGCGAGUGUCACCUUACGUUUCCACACUGUCGUGCACCAUACAGAGUUCUUGACGCAAUCAGAAGCAGAUGCGAAAAAACAAGAUAUCCGUCAAUCUGUGAUCAAGGAGAUGGAGUUUGUGUUAAAGAUGGACCCAAUGCUACUAAGAGAUGAACAUGCCACAGCCUGGCACAAGCUGUGGAGAAGUGGUUUCAGCAUCAGUCUAUCUAAGGCCGCCACUGCACUCAAUGGAGACAAGAUAAACUCCACGCUGUACUAUGUGCUGAGUAAUGUUCCUGCCCCAUUACACGAUGUCUCCACCACACAUGAACAGAAACUGGAAAUUCGCAAAGUCCUGUUUUAUCCCAACGGUUGCUAUGGGGCAUACUCCACAUUACAUGCGGACAAGCUGUGGUUAGACGCGCACAAUGAACAUGACGUAGCCUCCAUUGUGACAACUUGGAUCAUCACAUUGGAGACUCACGGCUGUGAAAACAUGAUCAAAUCAGGUGCUGAGGGUGUCCUUCAGGCCAUGCUGCUGAGUUUGGGCGCACUACAGUUCAAACAGGACCACCUGGAGUUCCUCAUGGAGCCACAGGACCUUCACCGAGACAUGUUCUUUCACCGCAUCAACUACGGUAACAACACCCAUCUGAACAUCUCCGUGGAGGUUGGUGAUGACAACAGAGCAGUGAUGUACGUUGCUCUGGACAGGAAUGACAAGCCUUACUAUGGCUGUGAUGCUGGCUGUAAUGACCCACCUGUGGCUCUGAGUAAUGUAAAGCAGUCAUUCCCAGUGAAGUUGACCAAACCUAUCACAGCUCUGUUGUAUAUAACAGCUGACACACAGCACAUGGAGAAGUUAAAACAUGCCAUUCACACCAAGGAGAACAAUGAAGCUCCACCUCACGAACACCAUGUAAUUGCCUUACAUAAACAUGGACACCAUUUCGGAGGACUGCCUACCAUUUUCUGGGUCUCCAUCGUUUUUCUCAUUCUCAUCUUCCACAUGUUUUUAUUCAAACUCAUCUAUAACGAGUACUGCAGUGCUCAAGACAGGUAUACACGAGGAAAGUAUAACUUAUAGCGCUGUGUUACCUGACGCUGUAGGUGUCGCCCAUCCUGUUACCUGAUGCUGUAUGUGUCCCCCAUCCUGUUACCUGAAGCUGUAGGUGUCGCCCAUCCUGUGUAUCUGUGUUUUGUGUCUACAUGUACAGGUGUGGUAUCAUAUAUCAGGACUUACCACUUAACCAGGAGCAUUGGUAAUGGCACUUUCUUAAUUCAUGUUUUCAUUAAUACAUUCUCAAAUUACUGUGAUCAUGGUUACAGUGAGGUACAUCUUCCCACACAUUGGUGAGUCUGGUCCAAACUGAAUUGGGCAAUGUUGUCUUGCAUUGAAUGUGUAAGCUAAUGAGUUUUCCCACGAAACGUCAUUGCAUAGGAAGGAAUAAACAUU